CACUCAAAGAAUGGUUUUAUUUUUAGUAACCAGCCCUUUGUGGCAUGUUUCAUUACUUCAGCCAUAAUUCAAAGGCUUAUUCAUGCUCAAAUCACCGUGAUGCUCUGUUAUCAAGUCCUAAAAAUUCCAAAGAUUCUUGGAUGGAAUGCUGGGAAUCUCCAUUGACAGAAGCCAAAUCAGCUCUACUAAUUAACACAGCCUGCUAAUGGAUUCAGAACAGAACCCAAAUGCUUUCCGGGUCACGAAAUACCGUUAUUAAAAAGGAUUAAAUGUUAUUUAAAAAUCAUGAGGGAAAUGUUGGUGUGUGUAUGAGAGAGAUUUUAUUUUCUGAUUAAAUAUGGAAUGAAGAGAAAUGCUGACACAGCACAGCAGAAGAAUUUUAAAUGGCCCUUCCAAAAGAAAAGCCCACUUGUGUAAUUAAGUAACUUCCCCUCAUUUGUAGAACAGGCGCCAAGAGGCAUGUGCAUAUGCAUUUUCCCAGCUCGUGCAGGGAUUUGUUGCUCAGUGGUUCAAGCCUCCCGCUGCCUGUCUCCUACUAGUCCUGGGAAUUCUGACGGAGUGGUACAGACGUCGUCGGCUCCCUCUUUAAAUGGGGUCUCAUGACUGAGAACCUCCUCAGUUACUUCCGAAGAAACAAUUUGGAUUCAUCACUGGUACGAGUGCUGUGAAUAACACCAGUCCUUAGCCAGUGUUUCAGGUGUGUACUGCGGCCAUGCAUCACCUGUCAUUGAUCUCCUUACUCUGUCUGUUGAUGGUGGAGAGGACAACAUGCCAUGGCAAUGCAGUUACUAAUUUUGAUGGCGAGUUCAGCGCCAGCCUCUACCAAGCACUCGCCGAGAAGGAUAACAGCUCCAACUUGAUUGUGUCUCCAGCAAGCAUCUCUCUGAGCCUGAGACUGUUGCAGCUUGGAGCAAGGGGCAACACAUUGGCACAGCUUGAAAGAACUAUGAGAUAUGACAUCAGCAACCCUAGUAUCCAGGAGGCUGCAUCACAAAGCAGAUGUGACCUGUACAAUUCUAGCCAUGGUGCUCAGCUCCAGUUUACUAACACCCUGCUCAUCCAGAGUGGCAUCCAGCUUCAGCCAGAAUUUACCCAGAAUGCUAUGCAAUGGUGCAAUAGCAGCCUGAUUAGUGUGAACUUCAGCUUCUCCAAUUACACACAAUUCCAAGCACUAACAAGCAGAGUAGGUGAGGCAGGAGUAGAAGUAACUGAGGCCUCGUGGUGGGACACUGUACCUCAUAUGGCAUUGCUGAGCUCAGUGGACUUCCGGGGCACCUGGCAGACACAGUUUCUAUUCAGAGGGACCCAAAACCUGCCUUUCUCUUUGGCUAAUGGCAGUACCAUCAAAGUCCCCAUGAUGUACCAGUCGAGCGAAGUAAAGUUUGGUCAGUUUUAUUUGCCAUCAGAUCAGCGCUAUGCAGUCCUCGAGCUACCCUACUUUGGCAAAUCCUUAAGCCUUUUGCUGGUGAUACCAAGUGAAAGGAAGACCCCACUGUCACUGUUCCAGACACAACUCACCAGCCGCACCGUGGCAUUCUGGGAUGCAGGACUGCGUCAUACUAAAAUGGACAUCUUCCUCCCUAGGUUUAAGCUGCAGUCCCGGCUCAACCUGAAGCCCGUUCUCGAGUUGCUUGGUAUUUCAGACGCUUUCGAUCCCUUCAUUGCUGACUUCAGCGGUAUAUCAGAUACAGAGGGCUUCUAUGUGUCAGAAGCCAUCCAUAAGGCCAUGAUAGAUGUGACAGAGGAUGGAACUGCAGCAGCAGCAGCCACAGCCAUGGUGUUGUUGAAAAGAUCCAGAGCGCCAGUGUUCAAAGUGGACCGUCCAUUCCUCUUCAUCCUACGCCGUGUAAAUGGAGGUUCAGUGCUGUUUAUAGGCAGAGUGAUGAAUCCAGCAGAGGAGUAGAAUAAAAAGUGCAAACAAGCAGCACCCUGUAACAAACACAAACCUGAUUGAUCUCUCUCUCUCUCUGCCCUCAUGGGUGGCUGGGGUGAAAGGUCAUUCGGGGAACAAUAAGAGGGAUUUGUACAUAUCUGUAAAUAAACACUUCUUUUUGC